AUGUUUCACACUCGCAUUCGCUUUCCUUUCUCUCCCUCGGUCCUCUGCUUCCUCUCGAUUCCGGCCAAACGGGAGCUUCCAACCCCUUCCCGCCUCCUCGUCUUCCUUCUCGCCACCCCAAUUCGCGUUCCCGCCUCCCCGUUUCCCCUUUCCGCUCCCCAGUACCCCUUCCGGUCACCCCGUUUCCCCUUCCCGCUCUCCGGUUCCCCUUCCAGCCUCUCCGUUUCCCCUUCCCGCUCCCCGUUUCCCCUUCCCACCACCCCGUUUCCCCAUCCCGCUCCCCGUUACCCCUCCCCGCCUCCCCAUUUCCCCUUCCCGCCUCCCCGUUUCCCCUUCCCGCCUCCCCAAUUCCCCUUUCCGCCACCCCGUUUCCCCUUCCCGCUCCCCAUUACCCCUUCCCGCCUUCCCGUUAACCCUUCCCGCCUCCCCAAUUCCCGUUCCCGCCUCCUCGUUUCCCCGUCCCGUUCCCGUUUCCCCUUCCCGCCUUCCCGUUUCCCCGUCCCGCUCCUCGUUUCCCCUUCCCUCCUCCCCGUUUCCCCUUCCCGCUCCCCGUUUCCCCUUCCCACCUCCCCGUUUCCCCUUCCCGCCUCCCCAAUUCCCCUUUCCGCCAACCCGUUUCCCCUUCCCGUCUCCCCAUUACCCCUUUCCGCCUCCCCGAUUUUCCUUCCCCCUCCCCAUUUCCCCUUCCCGCCUCCCCGUUUCCCCUUCCCGCUCCCCGUUUCCCCUUCCCACCACCCCGUUCCCCCAUCCCGCUCCCCGUUACCCCUCCCUGCCUCCCCAUUUCCCCUUCCGCCUCCCCGUUUCCCCUUCCCGCCUCCCCAAUUCCCCUUUCCGCCACCCCUUUUCCCCUCCCCGUCUCCCCAUUACCCCUUUUCCCCCCUUUCUCCCUCUCGUUUACUCCCCUUUCCCCUCUGA